AUGAACGUGCACUGGAAGCCGCGCGGCGGCGCUCGGGCGUCAGUCGGCAACAUCAACGCCGUCGAGUUUGACCCGGACGUGGAGUUGCUCUGGGUCAGUGACAGCUUUGGCCGGCUGAUGAGCUUCACGACGCAGAGCCAGACGAACACGCUCACCUGGACGGCGUACUCCUCCUUCUCGGCUUCGACGCGGCCGCUGUCCGGCAUCUUUUUUCUCCCGCUGGGCGGCGAAAAAAUCGUGACGGUGGCGGACCACAACGUUAUUCGCGGCUACAAGCGGGGCGGCGCGCUGUUCCUCUGCCGUCCCCUGCCCCCGCAGUCGCAGAGUCACAUCGAGCUUUUUCAUGCGCACGGCGGCACUGGGGUCGUGAGCUUCACCGGCGACGUUGGGCUGACGCGCUUUUCCAUCGGCAACGAGGGCGCCGACCGCUGCGUCACGGUGCCGCUGGGGGAGUCGACGAAGGUGGUAGCGCUGCAACAGACGGAGCGGUGGGUCAUCACGGGCAGCACCUCCGGCAGCAUCGUCGUCCGCGACAGCAACGACCUGCAGGUUGUGGACACGGUGCCCGCGUCGCGGCAGCGCGUGCUGGCGAUGGACGCGUACGACGACACCAUCGUGGCUGCCGUGGUGGAGCGCUCCAUGACAAGCAGCGUGCGCGUGUACGACGUGCGCAGGUUGGCUGAGCCGGUGAUCACAGUUGGCGGAAUUCCCUCCGACACCGUCUCGCAGGUGCGCCGUUACCGCGACUCAUUCGGCAUUUCGGCGGAUCGCGCGUUUGUUCUGACGUCGUGCGGGUUUCACAUUCUGCAGAUGGACCAGCCAUCCCCGGUGUUCAGCUCCAGCGGCAUGCUGGACGACGCCUGCACGGCGGUGAGCGUCUCCCCCAACGGCAUGUGUGCCGCCAUCGGGAACGACAAGGGCUACUUCGUCGCCCUCGCCCACCCGGCCACGCGGGAGGACUACGUCAUGUCCCGCUUUGAGAAACCCCAGCGGCCGGUGAACCCCGUCUUCACGCAGAGCUGGGCGGAGAAGAAGGAGGGCGACACAUUCGCCUACUUUGACGAGACGCUGCCGGCGGCGGAGCUCGCCUCCAGCUGGCCGCCCGAGAACUACAUGAUCCUCACCGUCCCGGCCCCCACCCGCUGCCUUAACGUGGAGUCCCGCACCGUGCUGCAGAACCGCUGGGGGUUCCUGCGCGCCGACUCCUACUUGCCCGACCCGAAGGACAAAGUCGCGUCGGAACUGCCGGACCCGUUCCCGUUUAACCUCGGGCUCGGCAAGGACCCGGCGGCGGUGCAGCGGAAGCUGCAGGAAAUGAAAAAGGGUCAAAAGCGGCGCUACUUUGAGUUCCGUGAUGGCUCCGCCGGGGACUACGCCCCGCUUGAGCCGGCGAGCCGCGUCUGCUACAGCAUGCACCACCGCUUUGACUGGGAAAGCCACAACGCGAUCCCACGCGACGUAGUGGGCCUCGACAACAGCUUCCCCGAGUGCUGGUUCACCACACUACUGCAGUCGCUCUACCUCUGUCACCCGCCAGUGUACCCCGUUCGCAAAGUCGUUUUGCGCCACCUCUGCACCCGCGAAUACUGCAUCGCGUGUGAGACUUCGAUUAUAUUUGCGAAUAUGCUGAUGACCUCCGCGACAGGGCUUGACCCGAUUGUGCAGGUUGCCAACCUAAUCCGCACCAUGUACAAGCUGCCUGCAACAGAUUCCCUCUUUGAGCCUGUCAAGUCCCGUGACGAGGCGGUAAAACGGAUGCACACGGCACAGUCGACCCUGCUCGAGGCGCUGCAUCGCGGGCUGCAGGAUGAGAAGGCGUACCCCUUCAUGGACUACAAACCUCCAUGCCCCGACUUUGAGCGCUCCAUCGCGUGCCUCUUUGGCACGGAGUUCUCCUCCGGUGGAACAGUCCACCUGGAGCCCCAGUUCUACUGGGAUGUUCCUCCCUCCGCCCUCAAGGUUAAUGAGGGGCUGCAGCACCUGCUCAAGCAAAUUGAGUCCUACAGGGAUGAAGUGCAGAUCAAACGUCUGCCGCCAAUUAUUGUGUUGCGCCUGAAUCAUGAAGGGGGAACUCUGAAGCCGCCGAGCUGUUUGCAUAUCUCUCGCGAGGCGAAGGAGGAUUCCAACUACGUCUUGUGCAGCAGCCUCAUCCAUCUCUCCGACGACGCCAAUGACCCUGGUCGCUUUGUGAUUCACCAACGCAUACUUGAUGAUCGGUUUAGCCUGAUAAACGAUUAUCGCGUGACGGCGCCGAUGGAGGAGCAGGAGCUGGAGGACUCGAUGCCUGCAUUUCACUCCCAUCGGGCUGUGGUGGCGUACUACGCCCUCGACAAGCUGGCGCCGCCGCCCUACAGCCUACAAGACGGCAACCGUCCACCCAACAUGUUUGAGGUGCUUGGGCCGCUGCUGCUCAACGACGUUCUUGCGAAGCCGCUGCAGCGUGACCCGUCUGCACAACGGUUCAAGUCACCACUUGCCUCCUUCUACGAGAUCAAGCCCAAGGACUUGGUCGCAUUGGAUGCGGAGUACGUGGUGUUGAGGUGGAACAGCCGGUGCGUGGAUGCGGGAGUCGAGAAAAAACCGUCGCAUAAGACGCAUAUGGCGCUUGCACGGCUGAGCUGCAUUCUAAGCAGUGCCCCAGGGGAGGAGCGAACCAUCGUGGACGAUUACGUGCACACGCCCGAGGUGAUUCAGGACUACGUGACGCAGUACAGUGGCAUUCACCCCGGCGACCUGGACCCGCUUAAAUCCUCCAAGUGCCUGACGAGCCGCAAGGCAACGUACUUGAAGCUUCGUGCCCUGGUGGAUCGCGGCGUUGUGUUUGUGGGUCACGGGUUGUACCAGGACUUCCGCGUGUGCAACAUUGCGGUCCCCACCGAGCAGAUCAUCGACACCCUCAUGAUGUUUCACAAGCCCGGUGGCAGGUACCUCUCGCUCCGCUUUCUUGCCUACCACGUGCUGGGGGAGCGUGUGCAGGAGGGCGAGCACGACUCCGUCGAGGACGCCCGCACCUCCCUGCGCCUGUACCGCAAGUACCAGCAGCUGGUGCGCGAGGGGAAGUUUGACGCCGUCCUCGACAAGCUGCUUGCGACCGGGGCGGAGACGAGCUGGUACGUGCCGGAGAGCCGUGAUGCCUAUGGCGUGUCCCCCGCGGCCUCCACCGGCAUCUCGGGCUCGCCACUCUUCCCCGACGCCCCUGCGACGCUGGUGGAAGCCGCGGGGGACGUGGAGGACGGUGGAUGCGCCUCCGCGGUGUAG